AUGGAAGAUGUUUUGGAAUUCAUCUACACUGGAACUGUAGAGGUGACUCAGGAGAACGCAAAGGAACUGAUCGCGGCAGGGAAUUAUCUGAUCGUUCCGGGCUUGAAAAUUGUUUCAGGGCAGUUUUUGGAACGAGAAAUGUCACACAUUAACUGUAUUUCAACCUUUUACCUUGCAAAAAAAUACGAUUGUGACGAGCUUAUCACCAGUAGCAGGCGUUUCAUUCACGAAAACAUCGUUUCCGUGGCAAAAAUGGUUGAAUUUUUGAACUUGGAAGCUAGAGAGAUCGAGAGGAGGGUUUCGUCCGACGAGAUUACAGUCAAAGAGGAAGCUGAUGCUUUUAAAAUCAUAUUAGACUGGGUAAACCACAGAAAGAGCGAGCGAAAAGCAGUAUUUGAAGAAUUGUUUGGUCACGUUCGAGUGGCUUUUCUGUCGCGUGAUUGUCUGGAGAAUGUCGUGACAAACGAACUUGUCGUGACAGUGCUGUUUGUUUAA